AUGAAUGUUUUAAUCGUAUUAGCGGUCAUUGUGAGUGUCGUGAGAGCCUCUUUGGCCUUGAACGAUCACUUGUCGUUCGUUUUACCAGCUAUCAAGGGUGCUGAUGCCCGUACUAGGGCGGAUGGUGGUCAAUUCUGCUUUGAAUUAGAGUCUCCCUUUGCAGAAACUGGCUCAGAACUGUUAUUUGUAGUAGAUGUGGUGUGUGGACUACCUCAGCACACAGAUGUGCACCGGUUUGGUGGAACAAAUGUACAAAGGGGAAAGCAGUCGUUGGAUAUGGCCAUUUACAAUGCUGAGAAUGGGGAUUUGAUACGUUCAAAGCGUAAUCUACCCGUGGGAACCUCUGUGAUCGAAGUGAACCCCUUUGGAAGUCGCCGAUUCAAAUUCUGCUUUGUGAACCUGAGUUACGACUCUUCCUGGAGGUUCCUUGAUGUUCAAAUGAGUCUUACAGUUAAAGUGGCUACUUAUAGAUCUUUACAGGGAAGGAGACGCAAAUCGCUGUUAUUCCAUGAAAUGGCUAUCGAUACGAUGCAAGAGAUGGACCACUGUGCUAAAAAACUACUCACAGUGACUGAAACCCGUGAGAAUAGUGAACUUUUACGGCUUGAGAGACAAAGACGAGACUUCAACGAAGAAGUUUUCACCUGGUUACUCUACGGUGAAGCAGCUUUUACAGUCGCCGUAGUUAGCUCUCAGAUUUGGGUCGGAUCACACUUCAUGCAUCAAUUCCGGGAUAGGGCUAGAGACCUCAGACGAAAUAGAAAGCUUAGCCAUUGA